GUCGGGCUCAGGACUGGGCUGCCUCUGCCCGUGCGGUCUUGUGCCCUCCGUUCCGCACGGCAGAGAACGCUGCGCUGGGUCUCAACGCGCGGGGUGGCCCAGGGCUCUUGGACUGUCAAUAAUUCACACGGGAAAUCGUGCCACGGCUGCUGCUUAGUCACCUGGAUAAGACCACUUUCUAGCUUUGGAAAAGCUGUUGGACCCGGAAAUCAUGAAGAGCUGUUCCAGAAUGGAAUGACAGGAGAGGAGAAUUGCGCUCAGAGUAGGCUGGCCUGAAGGUGGAAGUGAGAAGAGAGUUACAGCUGGUUGCACUGAGGAAUGAGGACCUACUGUGUGUGUCCAAUCUGAUUGACUUGCUCAGGGAGGCUAAAGCAUCUAUCUCCAGAAAUGUCUUCGGAAAAUGCAGAGCAACAUGACGUUUCACCCAAGGACUCUGUUGAAGGAAAUGGCCAAUGCAGUCCUCUGUCAAAGAUCCAUUUGGAGCUUGAAAAGGAAUCAAAUACUGACUUCCAGCAAUUUGAGACCACUAAGCAAUGCAGACAUUAUCCUAGGAUCCACAUGGAACCUCAAGAGAAAUCAAACACCAACUUUAAAAAAUUCGUCAUCAAGAAACUACGGAAGGCUUGCCAGUGCAGCCCAACCAAAGCAAAAGAUAUGAUUUUUGGCUUCCUUCCUGUCUUGCGAUGGCUCCCAAAGUAUGAUCUGAGGAAAAACAUUUUAGGCGAUGUGAUGUCUGGCUUGAUUGUGGGCAUCUUAUUGGUGCCCCAGUCCAUUGCUUAUUCCCUUUUAGCUGGCCAGGAACCAAUCUAUGGCCUGUACACAUCUUUUUUCGCCAGCCUAAUUUAUUUCCUAUUGGGGACUUCUCGUCACAUCUCCGUGGGCAUUUUUGGAAUACUGUGCCUUAUGAUUGGUGAGGUAGUUGACCGGGAACUAAGCAGAGCUGGCUAUGGCACUGCCCACAGUGCCCCGUCCUUAGGGAUGGUUUCGAAUGGGAGCACAUCAUUCGACCAGACGUCAGACAGGCUGUGUGACAGGAGUUGCUAUGCCAUUACAGUGGGCAGCACCGUAACUUUUAUGGCUGGAGUUUAUCAGGUAGCCAUGGGCUUCUUUCAAGUGGGCUUUGUUUCUGUCUACCUCUCAGAUGCCUUGUUGAGUGGAUUUGUCACUGGUGCCUCCUUCACUAUUCUUACAUCUCAGGCCAAGUAUCUCCUUGGGCUCAGCCUUCCUCGGAGUAGUGGCAUGGGCUCGCUCAUCACUACUUGGAUUAAUAUCUUCAGAAACAUCCAUAAGACCAAUGUCUGUGAUCUCAUCACCAGCCUCUUGUGCCUUUUGGUUCUUUUGCCAACCAAAGAACUCAACGAGCGCUUCAAGUCCAAGCUUAAGGCGCCGAUUCCUACUGAACUCAUUGUCGUUGUGGCAGCCACUUUAGCCUCUCACUUUGGGAAACUGAAUGAGAAAUACAAUACCAGUAUUGCUGGACAUAUUCCUACUGGGUUUAUGCCACCCAAAGCACCGGACUGGAACUUAAUUCCUAGUGUGGCUACAGAUGCAAUAGCUAUUUCUAUCAUUGGUUUUGCUAUUACAGUAUCACUUUCUGAGAUGUUUGCCAAGAAGCAUGGCUAUACAGUCAAAGCUAACCAGGAAAUGUAUGCCAUUGGCUUUUGCAAUAUCAUCCCUUCAUUCUUCCACUGCUUUAGUAACAGCGCAGCUCUUGCAAAGACGUUGGUUAAAGAGUCAACAGGCUGCCAAACUCAGCUUUCUGGUGUGGUGACAGCUCUGGUUCUUCUGUUGGUCCUCCUGGUAAUAGCUCCUUUAUUCUAUUCCCUUCAGAAAAGUGUCCUCGGUGUGAUCACUAUUGUAAAUCUCCGGGGAGCUCUAUGUAAAUUUAAGGAUCUGCCCAAGAUGUGGCGGGUUAGCAGAAUGGAUACAGUUAUCUGGUUUGUUACUAUGCUGUCAUCUGCGCUGAUAAGCACUGAGAUUGGCCUGCUUAUUGGAGUUUGUUUUUCUAUGUUUUGUGUCAUCCUCCGUACUCAGAAGCCAAAGAGUUCGUUGCUUGGCUUGGUGGAAGAGUCUGACAUUUUUGAAUCCAUGUCUGCUUACAAAAACCUUCAGGCUAAGCCAGGCAUCAAGAUUUUCCGCUUCAUAGCCCCUCUCUACUACAUAAAUAAAGAAUGUUUUAAAUCUGCCUUAUACAAAAACACUCUCAACCCAAUCUUAGUAAAGGCAGCUCAGAAGAAGGCUGCAAAGAAAAAGGCCAAGAAGGAAACAGCGACUCCGAGUGGAAGCCAGGAUGAAGUUUCAGUGCAACUUUCUCAUGCGCCCUUGGAACUCCACACUGUAGUGAUUGACUGCAGUGCCAUCCAGUUUUUAGAUACUGCAGGGAUCCAUACCCUGAAAGAAGUUCGCAGAGACUAUGAAGCCAUUGGCAUCCAAGUCCUGCUGGCUCAGUGCAAUCCCUCUGUGAGGGAUUCCCUGGCCCGUGGAGAGUAUUGCCAAAAGGAAGAUGAAAACCUUUUUUAUAGUGUACAUGAAGCGAUAGCUUUUGCAGAAGAAUCUCAAAAUCAGAAAGGCAUAUGUAUUCCCAAUGGUCUGAGUCUAGUGAUCAAUUGAAUAAGUAGGUGGAAGGAAGAAUGAUGUCUAGCCAGUAGCAACUUGCAUACUUGAAAUUUUAACUUGUUGGCUAGGCACUAUUCUUCCUCCAAAGCUGGUGGCCUUUGUAGGUACACAAAUGCAGCAGAGCUUAUUAGUUAGGCAGAAUCAAGUAGAAGAAAAUAUUGCAGUUUCAAGCUUUCUUGCAGAGAGGAGGUAUUCUUGCAAUUAAGUAUCUGUUGAAUUGGACCGUGAAGUAGCCCUAAAACUUAAGGACCAUCCUCUCUUGGGAGAUACACUUUAGGACUCUUCUAUGUCCAGGAGUGAAAGGGAUGAAGUUGGCAUUUACAUGAGACAUGCUGGAGCCUAUGUGAUGUGGCUCUUUGGAGAGAGAGUGGAAAGGAGGCCCGGAAAGAAUGUGGUGCCUGCUUUUGUACCAGCAGAUCAAGAGGCCUCCGGUGUACAAGGUAAUAAUGACACAAGUUUUUUUCUUACUUGUGCUUCUCCAUACCCAGUUCUUUGCUCCUGGGACGGCAGUAGGGUCUCCGGCUUUUAAUAGGAAAGCACCAUUCCUCACCGUAAGGCAGGGAAGCGUGGGCACAGGCCUGUCAGGAGUGUGAUGGCUAGGCAUGUGUGUGAAAUCUGACCAGCCAGAUUCCCAUUGCACAGAACACUCUUAGUGAUACGUCUGAUGUUUUCAGUCAUGCCUUUUUGUUUAGGGUAAGUAGGUAAGCAGAGAGCUCUUCAUAAUCAGCAAAAAUAAUGGGAAUCUUCCCUGUCUUUUCUGUGAUCUCUAUCCAUCCCUAUUUCAGAGCAUUUCUCUACCAUUACACCGUAUUCGAGCUUUCAGUAAUUUAGGGUAUUUUUCAUGGAAUCUGUCCUGAACUGCUAUGUCUGAUUAGCAGCGACAAGCUUGCCAGAUAAAAGGCAGAAUGCUGACCCUGCGACUCUGUGCAGCAUUUUAAAAUGAGCUGGAGGCAAACCCUUAAGGACACAUUGCACAUAGGAAUACUUGACAGCAGUUCCCUUAAAAUUUGUUUACUGAGCAGGGGGUUUUUUUUCCCCUUCCCAUGGCAUUUUAGCUAGGAUCAGUUGGGGGCUGACAGUCUUUCUCAAAGAGAAGUUACUGUUCAUUUUUCCUUUGCAAGAAAAAUUAUUGUAACCAACAGAAAAGAAUGCACAAAAGUUUCCAAAGGAACAUCAAUAAUUAAUUUGUAGAUGUGUUAGUGUAAACAAAGCUAAUGCUUACUGCCAAGAACUGUAUUGACUUACAGUGAAUAUUGGUGACAGUGACAGCUUUAACUCUUUGGGCCACCGAAAACUCAUGCAAGAGGAGUGAGAAGCAUCACAUUCAUACAACCCAACAUUAAUAAUAAGUGUGGUAAACAUUAUUUGUGAUAGCUGACCACAGGUUGUACCUAUAGGAAGAACUGCUUUUGAAAAGCAAGAAUGUCUGACUUUGAAACCUUAUAGUUCUGUACCUGGACCUUGAUAGGUGAGAAAAAACACAGGUUUUCCAAAAUUAGGACUAGGAGACUAAGUCAUGUGAGAUUGAAACACUUAGUCACGCCAUUGAAAAGAAAAUAAUAUUUGCAACAGUGCAAAACGAUUUUUUAAUCUGCUCCUACAUCCUAAACAAUUUAAGUAUUUAUGAGAAGCAAACUCUUAAGUGUAGGGCAUCCAUCAACUGCAAGUGUUGCUUUUCUCCUGGUAGAGCUGUGCCCAUCUGUUUAGAUGGAAAAUACCUUUCCGUUAUUAAAGCACUUUCUCUGUAGAAAAGCUGGAUAUCUGUCUUUGAGGUGAUUGACAUCAUGAUUAAAUGUAAUAGCUUCCUGAAUUUUAACAUCCUUUUACAAUGUAAGUCUAGAAUUUCAGAAAUGUUAACUCCUGUUUGUAGUUGUGGUUUUUGGUUUUUGUCUUUAGCUAAUAUUUGCCCAUUCUACUCAGUUUUAUAAAUGGUAAUAGUAAAAUCAUAGUAUCUUGGUCGAUCAUUUGUUUUUAGUCCAUCUUGCCUUCGUCCUCCAAGCCAGAUUUGAAUCCAGACCAUUAUAAAUGUCUAGAAGGGUGUCCAACCUGCAGCCCAGGAUGGCUGUGUUUGUGGCCUCACACAAAAUCGUACAUUAACUUAAAACAUGCAAUUUUUUUUUGUGAUUAUGUGUCGCAAUUUUUUAAAUGUGUGGCCCAAGACAACUCUUCUUCCAGCGUGGCCCAGAGACGCCAAAAUGUUGGACACCUCUGGAUGCCAUGUGAGAGCAGAUUAAGAGUGCAUGAUUAAGACAACUCUAUAACCAACACUGGCAGAGCAAAGGAAAAAAAAAAAAGAGUCCAAAGAAUUUGAAAAACCCAUUAGAAGAAUGGAGUAACAGAAUUUGAACUUUACUUAACAUUUUUCUCUAUAUAUGGAUAUAAACAGCUCUGGAGCAUUCUGUGCUCUGGUUUAUACCUCUCCCAUCCAAACAAACACGAGAUUCUGCUUUUGGUAGCCACUUAUAAAAACAUUUAAGAUUUCACUAGAAUUUGUAUCUUACCCUUCUGCUUGGGUUGAGGUCUGUGUAUGUGUACACACUUUCACCAUUUUUUGCUGGUAUUUAAAGAAAUGAAACCUGAAACCAAAGCAUAAUUCACCAACAAAACUAAUGUUUUCAUUUGCUUUCUAGCUCAAAGCCUUGGACUUUUAUAGUUCAUUAGGUGAUAUAUUACAAACUUUAUUGAUACAAAAAUGUCUUGUUUACUCUAAACUUUAGUAUCUAAAUGAAACAUUUUCUCAAUGCUUAUUGAAGAAUGUACAAAAUUCUGAAUUUCUUAAAUUGUUUUAUUGAAAUGUAUUGUGUAUACACUUAAUGGGUUAAAACUUUGCAACCUUAUUUAUCUUUAGGUUUGUACAGUUCAGAGGGAUGGAUUGCGGCCAUGCAAAGAGGGGUUGAGGAUUAAUAUUUAAGGGAGAGUUGAAGGGCAUUAGACCAUUGAAAAGACCAUCUCUGACUGAACAAGGAAGAAAACAGGGACUUGGUUGAAUAGGAUCCAAUCUCUGGCUAGUCCCACCCAGCAGUAGGAAUGUCAGGAUUAGAAGCCACACCUUAGUUGAAAGCAAAGUCAAAAACAACUGGGUUCUGUUUCUAGAAGGAGAGGGGUACAGAUUCACCAAAGAUGAAAGAGCUGAGGAUCACGUGGUAGCCAGGGUUGGGGCAAAAGCCCAGGCUGACCUACUGUGAGGCAUGAGUGACUGCAAUACUAUGUGAACCUCUGAUAGUUGGUAAAAUUGACAGAUGUCUAGUUCACAAUUACUUUUUUAAAUUUUUAAUGAGGACCAAAGGAAAACAAGAUUUGGAUAGUCUAACUUAGCUUUUAAACAGUAGCAGACUUUGAAGCCAAAUUCAUUACUAAAUUUACAGUAUGGUAAAUGGUGAUCUUUAAACAUUUAUUGUACUCCCUUAGUAAUUUGUCAUUUAAGAACACAUUGUCUGGGUGUUAGCUCUGAUCUUAAUAUAAAACUGAGAAAAAGGCUCCAGUGAAUUUCUCGGGAACUUAAAAUUGAAUGUAGGAUUUAUAAUGACAAAUUCAAGGUCUGUGAUCCUUACUAAUGUUUUUAAUGAAUUGUUUUCUUCUAUGUAGUGCUAUAGAUGAGCUAUAGGUUCUUUUUGCAUCAAUGCAGAUAAUUCCUCAGACACUUCCUGAGGACCUGUGCUGGAGUCUAGGGCUGUGUGCCAGGUGCUUGGACUAUGAUACCCAAUCCAGAAAGGCGGGUUGUAUGGUAACUUAACUGGAUGACAUCCAUUGGCACUUGGAAGUGUUUUAUGGAGGAGCUGAGCUGAGCCUGGACCAAGGUCUGAACAGGAGGCAGGCCACUGAGGCAAACAAGGAGGCAUGGAUGCCCCUGGUCUAUUCAGGGAAAGAUCCCACAGGGACGUGGUAAAAACCCAGUCGCUAGGAUUUAGACUUCAUUUAAUUUUUCUGUUCUUUAGCGUUUCUCUCUUCUUUUUUCCUCUAAUGGUUUUUUUAAUCUAUUUGAGUGAUGCCUUAUUUGAAGCUGGGCUAACAAAUUACAAAAGGGGGAAAUUGGCCCUAGAAAGCUUUUAGGCUCUGAAGUAAUCUGGCUGUUUUCUUUGUAUAAAGAUUUUUGAUAAUCAUGAAUGGAAUCAUUAAUUUGAGUGCUAAUAACAUGAAUGAAAAUUAUAAUGGAACAGGCCAAAAUAACAUACCAGCUGAUUUAUCAUAGCCUAUUAUUAAAGUAAAAUGCUAUUGAAAUACUGUAAGUUAAAGGUAUAUUUUAGUUAAAAAAAAUACAGUACUAACUAGGAAUGGAGAAUUUAGUUGUGGGAGUGAGGGACAUUUAUUUUUAUAAGGUAAUUUUUAUCCUGACAAGAACUAUUUUUUUUAAAGGGUUUUGCACUCUAAAGUAAACAUGUUAAAUAAAGUUAAGAAAGUUAAAUAAGCGUUAUACUAAAUCAUGAGGGUUUUUUUCUUUUUGGCGUGUAUUUUCUUUUUCUCUUAGUGAUGUAAAGUAGGAAGGAGAUACUUAAUUAUGAAAACUGGAAUAAUGAAGGACCCCAAAUGCCUUUACUGGAGAUACCAUGUUUAUAAGUCUGGAACCAUGUAUAAAACCUUUCUUAGACUUGAAUUAUGGGUCUGAAAAAGCUAAAUAAUCACAAUCUUAUUACAAAAUAUCAAUAACUACCUUUCUGGCUGAAAGUUUUUUAGUUGGUAAAAAACCAAAGGCAAGCAGCCUAAGCCAGAAAGGACUUUUAACUGCAGGUUUAAUAAACUUAUUUUAAGGUGUUCUCUUCCCCCACCACGUUCCCCAUCCCUAGAAUAAUAAUAUAUAAUACUUGAAGUCAAACAGCUGUUGCCUUUUAAUUUAAAUCAGUUAGGAAAUUACUGUUUGACUCCUGAUGCUGCCAUGAUUUCUCAAAAAUUAGUGUGAACAAAGAAAUCUAUAUAAAAUGUGACCCUUUUUUUGGUCUCCUCUGCAAUUUUACAUACAAAUCAAGACAAUAUCAAGGUUAUACAUGAAUGAACUCAAAUUCUGAGUCUUGUCUAUUCACUAAAAAGUAUACUCUUUUUUAUUUUUCAUUUAUUCAAGGCCAAUGACUUUUAGGAACAUGUUUUAUACCAUAUGUAUCUUUUUAAUUAAAGCAAGUGCCUUGAUGCUAUUCCACAGAAAUCAUGCUUAGCCCUCUGUGGGAUGAGGAUGAGUUGGUGAUGGUUGCAGCCUAUUGCAGGAGAGGGAGAGUGGGUUAAUAGCGGAUCCCUUUCUUCUGGAAAGAUAUGUUCAUGGUAUUUACUACCUGAGAUCCUAUAUGUUUUGAGAUCUAGAGGUGUUAUUUCAUUUGUCUGCUAAUAAAUUGUUAUGCUAAUAAAA